CAUGAUUCGGUAAGAGCACGUGUGCGGUGAAAUGAGAUAGCUUCAUGAAACUGCUCACCUGUGUGAGACCAUAUGUUAUUUGAUGGAAGCAUCCAGCCUGGAAUAGACUGACUUCUGAACAUAUAUUUACUAUAUCAAUGGCUGACUACGGACAUCCUCUGGGUAGCAGCCAAUCAGUGAGUGCUCUGGAUAAAUCAGCGCUCAUCUCUGCUGUUAAACCCACACACUCCUGUAAUGGCAGCACAGGAUCUUCACGCCACUCACGACAGAACUCCAGGGAUUGGGAAGUAAUAUCAGAUGCAGAAUGUUCUGCACCUGUCGCGGGAAUGAGUUUGGUCAAUAACACUGUUCCAGGCAUUUGUGAGGGAUUCCUCAUGAAAAAGCGCAAGUAUCCUCUCCGGGGCUGGCAUAAGAGAUAUUUUGUAUUGGAUAAGGGGGUUCUCAAAUAUUCAAAGACUCAACAGGAUAUUGUCAGAGGCAAGAUUCACUGUGCUUUAGAUGUUAGUCUUGCGGUCAUGUCUGUGAACAGAAAAUCUAAGCGCAUCGAUCUUGAUGCUGGCAACAGCUUGUACCAUGUCAAGGCAAAGAGUGAUGAUAUCUUCUACAUCUGGCUGACCAAACUGACUGCCCAUCGGCAUUUCAAGAAGAACGAGGCUAUAAACCUGCACCACGGGGUCCUUCAAGCCCUCUCGACAGGAACCAGCAGCACUUUGCCUGCCAUGGCGAGUCUUGCACAGAGAAACCGAGCGAUGAUGCAACAUUAUCAGAGCUCACCAUCAUUGUUUGGGUCAGAGAUGCAGGGUUCCCCGUCAGCCUCUUCAUCUCGAGGAAAUACUAAAGUAUCUGAUUGGCUCAAAAAGACACAGGAAGCUGACUUGUGCCAGCUAGAACUUGCCAGGUGUCAGCUGGAUAUAGCUGAGCUCUCGAGUUUAAUCCAGAAACUUCACUGGCAUGAGGGUGGUCUUCCCAUCACAAACCUGGACCUUGAACGUCGAAUCAGCAUACAGAAUCUUAGUCUUGAGAAACCCAAAAAGAAGUCUGGAAAGUUCUGGGGUCACUCCCGAACACUGUCAAGAGGCGAAUCGCUUGGCUUUUUUUCUUCGAGCCACUUGGGCACAUCAACUGGCUUGGCUGCUUCCCUUCAGUCCAUCCCAGAUUACGUUUACUCCCAGCUGUCCACGCCUGCGGUCUCCUCACCAGAAGGAAAGCAACUGCAGUUAGACAUCUGUGCCUUGUGUGAAAAAGUACAUUCAUCUUUCAAAUCCAUCCAUGAAUCCCUGGCUCUGGAGCGUGAGCGAGUCAGACAGGCUUGGGCCGGACCUGACCUUCGGCAGUCAACCUCAGAUCAGUUGGCCACAUUGUGCACGACCCUCUCAGAGCUUGAGAUGCAGUCACGUUUAACCAGAGUUCACUCUGUGUCACUGUCAUCCGAUUCCUCAGAUGAGUCCUACUGUACUGUGUGCCAGGAUCAGCAGGCCACCCCCUCUCAGGACCGUAAGCUAAAUCGUACACCCUCAGUAACAGACUGUACAGCAGAGUAUUUUGAUGCCAGUGAAGUCAUUUGUGAGAAUUUGUCUGAAAAGGAAACCUCUGACGAAUCUGGAUUGAGUGAUGUCACCACAAGCAACUCUGAACCAGAGGAAGGCCACAGUACGUCUACAGUUAGCUAAACCAUCAGCUUUACAUGUUGAUGGUUAUGUA